UGUUAGAGAGAGAGCGAAAAUAAAAGUAAAGAAAAUAUAUAUGCGAAAGUAGUUAAGAGAUUAGUGUCGGUGGUUUUUUGAACUACUCUUAUGCUGUUUCGUGUUCCUCUCAUCUGUUCUUGGCCCACGUGUUCAUCAACCUCCCUCCGCAUGUAAUCGCUUCGCCGUCAAUAUCACAUCUUCUCUAAAUUUUCCUGCUAGUAUUUAACAAGUCUCUAGAUCGGAAAGGAAGUUGAUUCUUUCGGUUUUUCUUGGAAUCUCCGGCGAAAACCCAUAUGGAGACAGCGAUGGAAGGGGCGGCGGCUGUUCCUACUUCGACGGUUGCGGCGGCGGCGGCGGCGAGGAAGAGGGAGAAACCGUAUAAAGGGAUAAGGAUGAGGAAGUGGGGGAAGUGGGUGGCGGAGAUUAGAGAGCCUAACAAACGGUCUAGGAUCUGGCUUGGCUCCUACUCAACUCCCGAGGCGGCGGCGAGAGCUUACGACACGGCGGUGUUCUAUCUCCGAGGGCCGUCUGCUCGGCUUAACUUCCCGGAGCUUUUAGCCGGCGUUACGGUAGCGGGAGGAAACGGUGGUGGGGAUAUGUCGGCGGCUUACAUAAGGAGAAAAGCGGCGGAGGUUGGAGCGCAAGUGGAUGCGUUAGAAGCGGCGGGAGGCAAUCGUCAUCACCAUCAUCAACAGUAUCAACGUGGUAAUCAUGAUUACGUGGAUGAUGAUCAUAGUGUUAAUCAUAGUAAUUAUCGUCUUAACGAUGGUCAGCAUGAGUGUAGUAGUAAGGAUAAGAGGUGUAACGGGUCAUGGGAAGCAGUCGAUUUGAACAAACUACCCGACCCGGAAACUUCAGAUGACGAUUAGGAAAGGAAUCCACCCAAAAAACACAAAACGUUGUAGAAGUAAGAUUUUUAGAGAAUGUUUUGUCUUUACGAUGCGCGGAGGUUGCUAACAUGCACCUCUUUACCGAGUCUGUGAUUAGAUUUUACUACUACUAGUGUAAUGGUAUGUUUCUAUAAAUAGUUUUCACUCAA